AUGUUGCGACUGUGGAGCCGUCGUCUCUCGUCGAUCUGUCGCGUCAAAGUUGCGUGGAAACUCAGGACGAAACGAAAACGCACCGCGGAAGAAAUUGAAGCGGCAAUCCGCCAAGUUCCACACGACCGCCGCCAGACCUUGCACUCACUUGCCCAUGCGUGCCAAAUCCCCAAGACUACCAUCCUCAACCACAUCAAGGACCGCUCAAGCUACGUCAAGCCGUUCCUGACGCUGGCCAACCAAGGCGCUCGGUUGAAGUUCGCGUUGAACUUCGUUCGACCUUCGUCGAAUGGACGCCAAGUUUUCGCCAGCAUGUACGAGUAUGUACAUGCUGACGAAAAAUGGUUCUGUCUGACGAAGGUCAAACGUGAGUUCUACGUGUACGAAGACGAAGAAGUCGCCAAACGCGCAAUCAAGUCAAAGAGCCAUGUUACGAAAGUCAUGCUCCUCGCGGCGAUUGCAAGGCCACGCUUCGACCACCACGCGAAGAAGACCUUUGACGGGCAAGGUUGGUAUUUGGCCGUUUCUUGA